GAAAGCCGACGCUGCCAAGGAAACACACAUGCAGGCAUAGGGAAUCCAGAUUUCAGCAUCGUUCUCCAUUCCCUUGACGUCGACAAUGCAUCGAUAAUGAUGGUAGCGCGCAGCAAUGCCUUCGAUCUAUUCCAUGCGUGAUGUCUUAAUAGCUGCCAAAUAAUACAGCCAAAGAGUGGAGGUAAAACAAGGUUAAGAAAAACAACCAGUGGUGAGUGUGUGACUGUGUGUAGGGGGCAGCCGCCAUGCCGCUGGUUAAAAGAUGCAUCGAGCCCAGGCACCUGUGCCGUGGAGCCGUGCCGGACGGGGUCACCAGCGAGCUGGAGUGUGUCACAAACAGCACCCUGGCAGCCAUCAUCAAACAGUUGGGGGGCCUGAGUCGACAUGCAGAGGACAUUUUUAGAGAGCUGUUCAAUGAGGCCAACAGCUUCUACAUGAGAAUGAACAGCCUCCAAGAGAGAGUGGACCUGCUGGCGGUCAAAGUCACCCAGCUGGACUCCACUGUGGAGGAGGUUUCGCUGCAGGACAUCAACAUGAGGAAGGCCUUCAAGAGCUCCACCAUCCAAGACCAGCAGGUGGUGUCCAGGAACUCCAUCCUCAACCCUGUCAUGGAGAUGUACCAUCGAUGUGACAAACCUCCACCCCUCAACAUCCUUAGCCCCUACAGGGAUGACAACAAGGAUGGUCUGAAGUUCUACACAGACCCAUCCUACUUCUUUAAUCUGUGGAGAGAGAAGAUGAUCCAAGCAACAGAAAACAAGCGGAAGGAGAAGAGGCGGCAGAAGGCAGGUGACAAGGAGCAGAAACAGGUGGAGGACCCCAGCCGGGAGGUGAAGAAGGUGAGGAAGGCCCGUAACCGUCGUCAGGAGUGGAACAUGAUGGCAUACGACAAGGAGUUCCGUCCAGAAAACCGCCUCACGCCUUCACCCUACCAUGGCAUGUCCUCUGAGGGAUCUCUCUCUCCAGACAGGUCUGGUAUGUCUGAUGAGCUGUCCUACCCUGCCAGCCCUAACCACCCACCCCAGGAGGGAGCUGUCUUGGGUCCUGAUGGGAAGGAGCACCUCACAGGCCUCAACCAGACCCAGUCUCUGGACCGGGCCUACCGACCCCCUGCUACCGGCACCGCUGCAGCCCAAGCCCGCCAGCACUCCCUGGGCCGCUUGCAGCCCAACCAAGGACCCACACCCACAGACCCCUCCCUAAACGGACCCCGGCCUGCAGCUGCCAAAGAGGCUAGUGGUCACCAGAUGCCAGAGCACUUUAUCCCUCCGGCCCCACCCCCACCUCCUCCCCUCAUCCCCUCAGCCCAAACGGCCUUCGACAGCACAGCAGGGCCUCCCACCCUGGCCCCUGCAGGUCUCCCCACCCUGGCCCCUGGCACCAUGGCCACCCUGUCCCGCCCAUACAGCCCCUCACCCCCUCCACCCCCACCCGCCAGCUACUUCCCCUCUCCAUCCCACCCUGUCACUGGGGGACCCCCUGUUGCCCCUCCUCCACCCCCACCUGGUGGCCCCCCAACAUUCGCUCCCUCCCCAGCCCAUGCCAUGCACCCCUCUGUGGGCACACUGCCAAGGAAGGGCAAGGUGCUAGGCAUCCCGAUAAGCGACGCACGCAGCGACCUGCUGUCAGCCAUCCGCAGAGGCAUCCAGCUGAGGAAGGUGCAGGAGCAGCGUGAGCAGGAAGCAAAGAAGGAGCCAGUAGGGAACGAUGUGGCCACCAUCCUGUCCCGACGCAUCGCAGUGGAGUACAGCGAAUCAGAUGAGGACUCGGAGCCUGAGGAGAACGAGUGGUCAGACUGAGGCGGAGAGGAGAGGGUGGGGCAGAGCAGAGGGCUAGGACUUACUGUACUCACCUACAUACUGCUGCUAUUCCAAUACCAGGACACACACACACAGCAUACUACAUCUCGAUUGACCUCUUGUUAGGGAAAGUAGAUGAGACACUUACACAGUAUGACAGUAUCCAUUAACUAGUCAGAUACUGUAUGGGGAAGGAGGGGAAGGAGAGGAAGGGAGAGGAGGAAGCCACAGUGGGUCUGGUGGGGAUCUGUUGGAACCAAGCACAGCAAGCUUAUACGUACAUACAGUGCAUUCAGAAAGUAUUCAGACCCCUUGAGUUUUUCCACAUUUUGUUACGUUACAGCCUUAUUCUAAAAUGUAUUAAAUAGUUUUUUCCCCUCAUCAAUCUACACACAAUACCCAUAAUGACAAAGCAAAACUGUUUUUUAGAAUUGUUUGCAAAAAUUAAUAAUAAAUAGAAAAAUUCAAUCCCACUUACGUAAGUAUUCAGACCCUUUACUCAGUACUUUGUUGAAGCACUAUUGGCAGCGAUUACAGCCUCGAGUCUUCUUGGGUAUGACGCUACAAGCAUAGCACACCUGUAUUCAGGUAAUUUCUCCCAUUCUUCUCCCAUUCUUCUCUGCAGAUCCUCUUAAGGUCUGCCAGGGUGGAUGGGGAGCAUCGCUGCCCAGCUACUUUCAGGUGUCUCCAGAGAUGUUUAUAAGUCCAGGCUCUGGCUGGGCCACUCAAGGACAUUCAGAGACUUGUCCCGAAGUCACUCCUGCAUUGUCUUGGCUGUGUGCUUAGGGUUGUUGUCCUGUUCAUCAAGGAUCUCUCUGUACUUUUCUUCAUUCAGCUUUUCUCGAUCCUGACUAGUCUCCCAGUCCCUGCCACUAAAAAACAUCCCCACAGCAUGAUGCUGCCACCACUCUGCUUCAACGUAGAGUAACUCUGCUUCAACGUAGUAACUCUGCUUCAACGUAGUAACCGAAAGGUUGCAAGUACGAAUCCCCGAGCUGACAAGGUACAAAUCUGUCGUUCUGCCCUUGAACAGGCAGUUAACCCACUGUUCCUAGGCCGUCAUUGAAAAUAAGAAUUUGUUCUUAACUGACUUGCCUAGUAAAAUAAAGGUAAAAUUUAAAAAAAAAAAAAAAGUAAAUUGUCAUUAUGGGGUUGUACAUUUACAUUUACAUUUAAGUCAUUUGGCAGACGCUCUUGUCCAGAGCGACUUACAAAUUUGAUGUGUGUGUAGAUUGUCAUUAUGGGGUAUUGUGAGUAAAUUGAUGAUGAUUUUUAUUUUAUUUUAUCUAUUUUAGAAUAAGGCUGUAAUGUAUCAAAAUGUGGAAAAAGUACAGGGGUCUGAAAACAUUCCCAAUGCACUGUGGGGGUAAAAGGCCAAUAUCGGCAGACAGUAAUAAUCAUUUAUUACAUUUCUAUAGCGCUCUUCAUAAUCCCCAAGCGCUUCAAAAGAAAACAAAAAACCAAUACAUCAUCAUGAGUAGCCUAGCUAUAGUUAGCUAGGUCAACCAAUACAUCAUCAUGAGUAGCCUAGCUAUAGUUAGCUUGGUCAACUAAUACAUCAUCAUGAGUAGCCUAGCUAUAGUUAGCUUGGUCAACCAAUGCAUCAUCAUGAGUAGCCUAGCUAUAGUUAGCUUGGUCAACCAAUACAUCAUCAUGAGUAGCCUAGCUAUAGUUAGCUAGGUCAACCAAUGCAUCAUCAUGAGUAGCCUAGCUAUAGUUAGCUUGGUCAACCAAUACAUCAUCAUGAGUAGCCUAGCUGUAGUUAGCUUGGUCAACCAAUACAUCAUCAUCAGCAGCCUAGCUAUAGUUAGCUAGGUCAACCAAUACAUCAUCAUGAGUAGCCUAGCUAUAGUUAGCUAGGUCAACCAAUACAUCAUCAUGAGUAGCCUAGCUAUAGUUAGCUUGGUCAACCAAUACAUCAUCAUGAGUAGCCUAGCUAUAGUUUGCUUGUUCAACUAAUACAUCAUCAUGAGUAGCCUAGCUAUAGUUAGCUUGGUCAACUAAUACAUCAUCAUGAGUAGCCUAGCUAUAGUUAGCUUGGUCAACCAAUACAUCAUCAUGAGUAGCCUAGCUAUAGUUAGCUUGGUCAACCAAUACAUCAUCAUGAGUAGCCUAGCUAUAGUUAGCUUGGUCAACCAAAACAUCAUCAUGAGUAGCCUAGCUAUAGUUUGCUUGGUCAACUAAUACAUCAUCACGAGUAGCCUAGCUAUAGUUAGCUUGGUCAACUAAUACAUCAUCAUGAGUAGCCUAGCUAUAGUUAGCUUGGUCAACUAAUACAUCAUCAUGAGUAGCCUAGCUAUAGUUAGCUUGGGGUCUGAAUACUUUCUAAAUGCACUGUAUAUGAUUAUAAUAUACAAGAUCCAGUAUAAAGGUGUUUAUUUCAUGAGUCAUGAUAUUGUAGUUUGAAUAUUAUUUGUGGUUUCAGUUGCAUAUCUUUCACCUGUAAAUGAGUCAGACAAAAUUACAAUGUUGUUUUCAAGGUGAAGAGGCCAAGGCAUUCUUUCAACUAGUCUGAUUUGUAACAUAAUGUACUUAAAUAUUUGUCUAUUGAAAAGUAUUUAGUGUUCUGUUCUGGUUCUAUAUGAAGAAGAUGCCACGUCAAGUGUAUAUCAGGUUGGUUGAUACUUUUGGACACAUGGCACUGUAGUCGUAACUGUGUCAUCAACACAACUUCUUGUUAUCUGAGGGACGUCCUUUUUGUAACGGAUGUCAUCUGGAGAUAGAGAGGAGGACCAAAAUGCAGCGUGAUGAUUAUCCAUUUUUAAUGGGAUACUUAAACAACGAACAAAAACAAUGAACCGACAAAAAAAAGACCGAAGACGAAACAGUCCCGUAACGUGAAUACCAACACUGGAACAAUCACCCACACCCCACAAUACAAAAUAGGCUACCUAAAUAUGGUUCCCAAUCAGAGACAACGACUAACACCUGCCUCUGAUUGAGAACCAUAUCAGGCCAAACACAUAGAAACAGACAAACUAGACAUCCAACAUAGAAUGCCCACUCAUAUCACACCCUGAUCAACCAAAACAUAGAAACAAACAACGCAAACGAUGGUCAGAGUGUGACACCUUUGUUUUACUUGUCUACAGUGUUGUGAUUGAGUAUUGAUACCCUAUUUGGCAGUGUGUAACAUCAGUUGUCGUUUUUGGUGAACAUAAUUUGCUGAAGAUUUGCUGGUUGACUAACGACUACCAUGUCUGUGUGUGUGUGUGCCUUGCUGUUAAUUUCUUUUCUGACUCUUUUAAUGUUGAAGGCCUGAAGAGAUAGUUCUGAAUUAUAUAUAUAUACUGUAUAUAUGUUUAUUUUACCCUUAUUUUACCAGGUAAGUUGACUGAGAACACAUUCUCAUUUAGAGCAACGACCUGGGGAAUAGUUACAGGAGAGAGGAGGGGGAUGAAUGAGCCAAUUGUAAACUGGGGAUGAUUAGGUGGCCAUGAUGGUAUGAGGGCCAGAUUGGGAAUCUAGUUUGGGAAAUAGAUAGUCCUGAAGAGGUAGUGGUUGAUUUUUGGUGUGCUUGUCGUCCAGUUUGACUAAUGUCCUGUUGGAGCAGACGAGAGGGGGGGGGGGGGGCAUAGCAAUGUUUCAGACAUACUGGUCCUAUGUUCUACCAAGUCAUAUGUUUAUAUUACUACUAAUGUGUUUUACAGUUCAUUGUUGUAUAGAUUUUUGUAGCACUGCUUGUAAAAUGAAUCUGGGUAUCUCGAUAUGAAAUGACUAUCUAUCCACCACAUUGAUCAAACCUAGUAACAAUAGUGCACGUAUGAGUAGCUAAUAAAAUGAAGUAAGUGUUA